AUGGCGGCCGGAGCCGGUGGCGGCUCUCGCUGCCCGCACCGCGGCGAGCUGGCUCCGAGGAGCCGUUGCUGGGCCGGGCCGGGGGCAGACGUGCAGGAGAAGCCGGCCGCUCUCCGUUUUCCCGUCCGUGCCGGAGAACAAAGAGCCGGCCGGGCCCUGGCGGCGCCUCAGCCUGGAAGCGGGCGGCGCCCGGCGCGGUGGGGGAAGGGCGGCGCGGCCGGAGCGCGGCUCCAUGCGGCAGGGCGGCGUCCGCCUCCGCCGGGGGGCGCCCUCGCGCCGCGCCGCCCCCGCAGCCCUUUUGUUCGGCGGCGGCGGCCAUGUUGGCGGCCCGCGCUCCGCCCGCCGGGCCGGGAUGGCGGUGCGGGCAGUACGGGGACGGGUGCGCGGCCUCGUGCUGCGCUGCCUCGCCCGAUCUGGGGUAGACUGCGUUAUUUUUCACGCGCUCUUGCUUUGAUCCCUAAGUUUUGUUUUUCCCCACCCCGUCAAUUUAAUUUUAUUCUUUUGAAGAUUCUUCGUUGUCAAGCCGCCAAAGUGGAGAGUGCGAUUGCAGAAGGGGGUGCUUCUCGUUUCAGUGCUUCUUCAGGCGGAGGAGGUGGUAGGGGUGCACCUCAGCACUAUCCCAAGACUGCCAGCAACAGCGAGUUCCUGGGGAAAACCCCAGGGCAAAACGCUCAGAAAUGGAUUCCUUCACGAAGCACUAGACGAGAUGACGACUCCGCAAACGACAAAGAACGACAUGAUGCAAUCUUCAGGAAAGUAAGAGGCAUACUAAAUAAGCUUACUCCUGAAAAGUUCGACAAGCUAUGCCUUGAGCUCCUCAAUGUGGGUGUAGAGUCUAAGCUCAUCCUUAAAGGGGUCAUACUGCUGAUCGUAGACAAAGCCCUUGAAGAGCCCAAGUAUAGCUCACUGUAUGCUCAACUAUGUCUGCGACUGGCAGAAGAUGCACCCAAUUUUGAUGGCCCAUCUGCAGAGAGUCAUCCAGGACAGAAGCAAAGCACAACAUUCAGACGCCUCCUAAUAUCUAAACUUCAAGAUGAAUUUGAAAACAGAACCAGAAAUGUUGAUAUCUAUGAUAAGCAUGAUGGUCCCCUCCUCCCUGAGGAGGAGGAACAGAGAGCCAUUGCCAAGAUCAAGAUGCUGGGGAACAUCAAAUUCAUUGGAGAACUUGGCAAGCUUGACCUUAUUCAUGAAUCUAUCCUUCAUAAGUGCAUCAAAACACUUUUGGAAAAGAAGAAGAGAGUCCAACUCAAAGAUAUGGGGGAGGAUUUGGAGUGCCUCUGUCAGAUAAUGAGGACAGUGGGACCUAGAUUAGACCAUGCAAAAGCCAAGUCCUUAAUGGAUCAGUACUUUGCCCGUAUGCGCUCCUUGAUGUCAAGUAAGGAAUUGCCAGCAAGGAUUCGUUUCCUGCUGCAGGAUACUGUGGAGUUGAGAGAACACAACUGGGUUCCUCGCAAAGCUUUUCUUGACAAUGGACCAAAGACUAUCAAUCAAAUCCGUCAAGAUGCGGUAAAAGAUCUAGGAGUUUUUAUUCCCGCUCCUAUGUCUCAAGUGAUGAGAAGCGACUUCUUUCUGGAGGGACCCUUUAUGCCACCCAGGAUGAAACUUGACAGGGACCCACUCGGAGGGCUUGCUGAUAUGUUUGGACAAAUGCCAGGUAGUGGAAUUGGUACUGGUCCAGGAGUUAUUCAGGAUAGAUUUUCACCCACUAUGGGACGCCAUCGUUCAAACCAACUUUUCAAUGGCCAUGGGGGUCACCUCAUGCCUUCUGCUCAACCCCAGUUUGGAGAACUAGGCAAAUCUUUUCUGAAAAGUCAGGGGCAAAGCCAGCUCUACCAUAACCAGAAUCAGGGACUCUUAUCCCAGCAACAAGGACAGUCGAAGGAUAUGCCACCUCGGUUUUCUAAGAAAGGACAGCUUAAUGCAGAUGAGAUAAGCCUGAGACCUGCUCAGGCUUUUCUAAUGAAUAAAAACCAAGUGCCAAAGCUUCAGCCCCAGAUAACUAUGAUUCCUCCCAGUGCUCAACCACCACGCACUCAGACGCCACCUUUGGGACAGCCUCCUCAACUUGGUCUUAAAACAAAUCCACCACUUAUACAAGAAAAGCCUGCAAAGACCACCAAGAAGCCACCUCCUUCUAAAGAAGAGCUACUUAAACAAACGGAAGCUGUUGUGACUGAUUAUCUGAAUAAUGGCAAUGCUAAUGAUGCUGUCAAUGCUGUGAGAGAAAUGAGAGCUCCAAAACACUUCAUUCCUGAGAUGCUGAGCAAAGUAAUCAGUCAGUCCCUCGAUCGAUCAGAUGAAGACAAAGAGAAAGCAAGUACUUUGAUCAGCUUACUCAAACAGGAGGGAAUAGCCACGAGUGACAACUUCAUGCAGGCAUUCCUGAAUGUAUUGGACCAGUGCCCCAAACUGGAGGUGGACAUCCCAUUGGUGAAAUCCUAUUUAGCACAGUUUGCAGCCCGUGCCAUUAUUUCAGAACUGGUGAGCAUUUCCGAACUGGCUCAACCACUGGAAAGUGGCACCCAUUUCCCUCUGUUCCUGCUUUGCCUUCAGCAGUUAGCUAAGUUGCAAGAUCGUGAAUGGCUAACAGAAUUGUUCCAACAAAGCAAAGUGAAUAUGCAGAAAAUGUUACCAGAAAUUGAUCAGAACAAGGACCGCAUGCUGGAGAUCUUAGAAGGGAAAGGGCUUAGCUUCUUAUUCCCACUUCUGAAACUGGAGAAGGAACUGCUAAAGCAAAUAAAAUCGGAUCCAUCCCCACAAGCCAUCUAUAAAUGGAUUAAAGAUAACAUUUCACCCAAGCUUCAUGUAGAUAAAGGAUUUGUGAAUAUAUUGAUGACCAGUUUCUUGCAGUAUAUUUCAAGUGAAGUAAACCCACCUAGUGACGAAUCAGAUUCUUCGUCUGCUCCAUCAAAAGAGCAACUAGAGCAGGAAAAACAACUGCUUCUUUCCUUCAAGCCAGUAAUGCAGAAGUUUCUCCAUGACCAUGUUGAUCUGCAAGUGAGUGCUUUAUAUGCGCUCCAGGUGCACUGCUACAACAGUAACUUUCCAAAAGGCAUGUUACUGCGCUUCUUUGUUCAUUUCUAUGAUAUGGAGAUCAUUGAAGAAGAAGCCUUUUUGGCAUGGAAAGAAGAUAUUACUCAAGAGUUUCCAGGAAAAGGCAAAGCUUUAUUCCAGGUAAACCAGUGGCUAACCUGGCUGGAAACUGCUGAAGAAGAAGAAUCUGAAGAAGAAGCUGACUAAAGAACCAGCCAAAGCCUUAAAUUGUGCAAACAUACUGUUGCUAUGAUGUAACUGCAUUUGACCUAACCACUGCGAAAAUUCAUUCCGCUGUAAUGUUUCACAAUAUUUAAUGCAGAUGUGUGUCAGUAGGAUAUCUUCUGCAAAAGGUUUUUGUAGUAUGUCUUAAUAGUCUACAAUAAAAAUAUUUUAGAGUAUCUUUAAUGUUUAGAUAACAGUGUAUUAGCAGCAUGCAAUAAUUACAUCAUAAGUUCUCGAGCAGAAGCAGUCUGUUGCAAGGGUCUUCUUUGCUGCCAGUUAACAUAGGCUGUUUUUAAGUUAGAAAACUGAAUAGCAACACUGAAUACUGUAGAAACGCACUUUGCUCAGUGUAAUACUUGAGUUGUUGCAAUAUUUGAUUAUCCAUUUGGUUGUUACGGAGAAUCCUUAACUGUAAUCGAUGGUUGUUGCCGUAAUAGUAUAUUGCCUGUAUUUCUACCUCUAGUCAUGGGCUUUAUGUGCUAGGUUUUAAUAUCCUUGAGCCUGGGCAAGUGCACAAGUCUUUUUUUUUUUUUUUUUAAAGAAACAGUUUACUUGCACAAAAACUGAUCAGCUGGACAGAUGAUUUAAUGCCCUUUGGAAGAGGUUUUUGUGGGUGUGAAACAUGGUGAGAAAUUUGAAUUGGUCCCUCUAUUAUAGUAUUGAAAGUAAGUCUACUUAACUUAUCAAGACAUGUUCAUGCCCUGAUUUUAUAUACUUGUAUCUAUCAAUAAACAUUGUGAUACUUGACUUGUUUUUGAAUGUGUCCCAGCAGAAGGGCUUUGACUGACAAGUAGUUUACUUUCUGAAUAGAACAUCAGUAGGAGUUUACUUAGACUGUGGAAACAUCUUAGGAUUCUUUUUAUAGAAGGUCUGUCUCAAUUUGUUCGUGAAUUCUCAGUAAGAUCACAGGUCAGAGCAGGCACUGAUUUGCUAUGUCAGGAGGAUAAUUAACAGAUACCUGCUGAAGGAAUAGGUAUGACCUUGCCUUGUGAUUCAGUGAGUAAUCUGCCUUUUUUCUUCUGAUGCUUGGUGCUUUCUCUCAAGUUCCCUUAUUUUUAAUGAAGUGGCACUGACUAAUCCACUGUUUCUCAAGUAAUGAAAUCAGAAACAACAACAUGUCAGCUUAAAAUGUCAUCUAUUAAAUGCUCAAAAAACUUUGCUUUCUAAAACUUCCUUCCGAGUGAAAUUUUUUCAUCAGUGGUGGUUUUUUGUUUUUUGUGGGGUUUUUUUGUGUUUUUUUUUUUUUUUUUUUUUUGCUAGCUUACAGAGGUGAUGUUUGUAGUAGCAAAAGUUUUCUUGAUGGAGUCUUGUUUUUGCUAGUGCUGGAAGUGCUUCAGACUGUGUCUUUCACAUGGUAGAUGAAAAUGUUGCAAAAGAAAAAAGAUUUGAGAUCCUGAUAAAAUUUACUUUGAGGGAAGAGUAGUUUGCAUUUAAGUGUGUUAAAAGGCUGUGACUAGUUAAAUGGGUGUGGUUCUUGCAUUGCUGGCACUCUGUUAUCUAGGGCAGGCUUCCUGACCUGCAGUUGAAAGCAGUGUACUUUGACACGAGACUUUUUCAUUGGAUUUCUAACGUGGUAGUCCAGAUCACCUCCGUUAGGAAAGGGGUAUUUAAACUUUUAGAGUUGCUAGCAAGUAUUUUGACUACCCGUACCACUUCCUGUCUGUAUUUGAGUAUAGUGGUGCAGCUAGCAGUAACUUGUGGAUUUCUAGAUCAAGUAAGAGAAAACAAAGGUAUGUUAAAGCAGCUUGAGGUGGGGGAAGUGGCUGCUUCAGUUGCUGUAGUUGCAGCUUCUGAGGGUGGUGGUAGUUCCAUCAUGGGCCCUCCAAAUGCAUUCUUCCAGUCAUAGUUUUCAUAAAUUAAAGCCAUUCUGCGUUUCAUCACAGAGGAAUAUAGUUGGUGCUUAAGGAGCUGCAGUGUUCAACUUUGCUUUUUGUUAUCAGAUAAGCGCUCCAGAAAUGUUCGCAUCCUACAUAGUAAGGUUCAGCAGUCAAACAAAAACUGCCAUCUUUUGUUAUUUCAUGUCUAAACAGUCAUUUCAGCUGAUCAGUUUGGUGAUGUGUUCCCCUACAAUACUGUUUCUUAAAGUUCACAUGUAGUUUCCUUGAAUACCCAAUGCAAUUCCUUCCAGUGCUGUGAAGCUGCCAGUCACAAAAGCACAGUUCUAACUGGUGAUUUUCAAUUGCGUGUACCAUAGCGGUGAGACAAAGAAGAGCAAUUAUAAGAAGAGGUGCAAGUAAAACAAUUCCUGAUCAAAAAAGAACCAGACUGCCAACUAACUAACCAGUUUUUUGGAGGAGGUUAAACUGGCAGCUGUAGGUUGAGUAGCAUGAAUAAGCCUUGUAUUCUUGCCCAGUCUUCACUCUAAUCGCUACCAUCAUAUAUACUUGUGCAUGGAGGCUUUGCUGCUUUGCUUUUUUUUCCUUUCUGUAACUAGCUAGAUCAGGUAAAAUCACUUCUGCUACUCUGUUAGUGAAGAGUGAACUGUUAAGAACUACGCCUACCAACUAUAUUCCAUAUUUUCAAAUGCUUAUACGCCUCAGAAAUGCCAUUAAAUACAGAAGUUAUUGCCGUCAUAAGACUUGCGCAUGCAGUUAGUAUGCGCAUAUCCGGCCUCUUGAAACUGGUAUAAAAAAGGCUCUUGACAUUGCA